UACCUUCCUGGUCUUUCAGAAGACUAGGUUCUCUUUACCAUGGGCUUCUCUCUGUGGCAGGUCAUGGCACAGUGGUGGCAGAUCCUCUUGGGGUUGUGGGCAGUCCUACCCACCUUGGCAGGGGACAAACUGCUCAGCGUCUGCAUGAAUUCCAAGCGCCACAAGCAAGAACCUGGCCCAGAAGACGAACUCUACCAGGAGUGCAGGCCUUGGGAGGACAAUGCCUGCUGCACACGUUCCACAAGUUGGGAAGCCCACCUUGAGGAGCCCUUGCUCUUUAACUUCAGCAUGAUGCACUGUGGACUGCUGACCCCGGCCUGUCGCAAGCACUUCAUCCAGGCCAUCUGCUUCCAUGAGUGUUCCCCCAACCUGGGGCCUUGGAUCCAGCCGGUGGUCCCAAACGGGCAGGAAGAGCAGCGGGUUUGGGGCGUGCCGCUGUGCCAGGAGGAUUGUGAGGACUGGUGGCGAGCCUGCCACUCAUCUUUGACUUGUAAAUCCAACUGGCUCCAUGGCUGGGACUGGAGUGAGGGCUAGCAGCAAGAGGCACCUUCUACACCACUGAGCUUCACCAACAGUCUCAGAGCACUGCUAAGGAAAUGUAGCCAUUUCUUCCCACACCCAUCUCAGAUUCUGCAUCCUGAGCCUACACCAGUGUGUGGUGAGUCUACUCCAUGCUGGGAAGUUUCAUGCUUAGCAUUUCUGCUACUCUGCACACCUUCUGUUUUAGAAAAUGGCACACCAUCCAAAGUACUUGUCAAGACUGCAGAAGAGGAUAGGAGGUGAUAAGAGGACAAGCAAACCAGACGAUGCACAGGUCAGAGCCACUGGCCCAUGCAAUAAGGGGCAGGUGUUUCUCUUUUUAUCCUGCAAGUAAUGCUAAUAGCAUGUCAGGAAGUGGGGGCCACCAUGCCACUUCCUCUUCAACAGGACCACUGUCCCAAAAACACACCCUUCUCACCAUCUUGCCUAUAAUGAAGUCACUUUGUCAGCCAACUAGAUGAACUUUGCUAAGCACCCGAUGCCUGUCUCCUCGCCUCCCCUGGGUGGGGAUGGAGAACUAAAAUCCAUCUUUACUGCCUGAGAGGCCUCACAUUGGCCAUCAACUCGAUAGGAUCUAGAAUCACCCAAGAGACACACCUCUGGGCAUGCCUAGGAGCCACCCUGAAUGUCGAUGUCACCAUCCAAGGUAUGGUCUCAGACUAAAGAAUAAAAAGGAGAAAUGGAGCUGCCGUCACUUCCUCUCCUCCUGCCUGUGGUGCGAUGUGACCACGCAGUGACCAUGCAGAAGGCAAAGGUCACGGUGCACACAGAUAAACGCAAACAUGCCGCUGCUCUCUCCAAAGGGAGAAGAUACUUGGCUCUUCUCCUGGAAUGCUCGGAGUAAAAUGGAGUUUACAGUUCUCUGCUCCCUGUUGAACCAGGCUCUACCCAUAUCACCCAGAACACUAUGUUUGUUUAUCUCUGAUCUUUUCCUCCUAAAUCUUGAUUGUUGCUUCUAGGCCAUAGAAGCCAACCCUAUGGAUGAUGGCACUUCACAACAGCCUAAGUGACCUCUGUGUUAUCUUAGGGCCAGGCCAAUCCUGACACCCACUGGCACUGUGUUUACCUCAGUCAUGCUCCCUAGACCUUUAUUGUGAGCACUGUUUCUGAGUCCACAGAACACAUCUUUAUGAAAGAGCUACAAAUGUAAACAUGCCUUAAGCUUU